AUGAACAACUGGCAAUUGACAUACCGUACGCCUGCAGACCUUACGGAGCAUUUGAGAAAGCCAUAUCUGCUAUAUGACGAGCGCAAUAAAGAUGUGACCAAACUAAUAUUCGAUGAACAGGCAAAUCUUUUAUGGGCCGGGGAUACGUACGGUCGAGUUUCCUCUUAUGAUCCAUCUUACUCACUAUACACACGACAUGCAGGACACAUUGGUGGUAAUGCUGUUGUGGACAUGUUGAGUCACCCUGGCGGCGUAAUAACUCUCAGCACAGACUCGUUGAAUUUUGCAAGCAGACGAGGAAUAACGAGAUUGAACUUAACAAACGCCGAUGUAGCACAGCUCAGUGAUAUGCGAGCAAUGUGUUUUGCUGGGAGCGGUGCUAAUCACGUUUACUGCGGCGGAGUAAACUCCGGCAGUGGACUCAUUGACAUUGAUCUUCAGAAGGGAGCCCUGGCCCGCAACGUUGAUUAUGCGUCCAAAGUCAAGAUUUUGCGCUCUGACAGCAAAACCCUGCUCAUAGGAAAACAAAGCGGAUCCAUUGAUCUGCUGGAUCAGAAUUCCAAUCAGCUUAUCAGAUCCUUCGCAGGUCACUCCGCUACCAUUUCCGAUAUGGACUACAGAGACCACACACUGGUAACUGUAGGAAUGUCUAAACGAUUCAAUCAACUGUGUUCAGAUCCGUUUGUGAAUGUCUACGAUUUGCGGAUGAUGCGUCAAUUAACGCCGGUCGCAUUCUCGUACAAUCCAUCCGUGAACACACCCGGAAGCGCAGGCGCUGACUUUGUACGGCUUCAUCCAAUACUGCCUACCGUUAUGACAGUUGCAUCUGUGUCGGGCGCAUUUGAUUUUAUAGAUCUCGCCAACCCGACGUUAAGGACCCAAUACUGUCAUCCCUGUCAUUCUAUAUCUCAGUUUCAGCUUUCCCCGAGUGGAGAUUAUAUCGCUGUCCUAGAACACGAUAAUAACAUUAACACAUGGACGCGAUCGAAAGAAAUGACAGGAUUCUCAAAUAGUUCUACUGUGUUGGAAUAUCCAGACUUCCCGGAUGAUAAUUAUCUGCCAUCUGAACCGGAUAUCGAUGAUGCAGAUUUUCCACUCAGCUCAGUUGGAAUGCCAUAUUAUUCAGAGAAACUACUAUCAGCAUGGCCACAUACCAUCUUUAGAAGCAGUGGAACAAUACCAAGACGCAUGAACAUCGAGCUGCCUAAUACGCAACAGGCCACCUCACGUCUAUUUCACAGAUCGACUUCACAAAAACAACCGUUUCAAACAAUGCCUUAUAAUGUGAGUAAAUUUGGUCCUCGAAACAUGAUGAAGCCUUAUAAGUCUCUGAGAGAAAGGAAAAAGAAGCUACUGAUAUCCGACGAGGAUGGCACAGACAAGAAGGAAUUAAUGAGGUAUAAGGCUUCGAAUGAAUACGAAGUGCCUCCUGCAUAUGCAAAGCUCCAAAUGGUCUACGGAAAGUACGGAGUUGAGGAUUUCGAUUUUAAAGCUUUCAAUAAAACACACCUCUCGGGACUAGAGUCUGACAUAGACAACUCCUACACUCAUGCGGUGCUGCAGAUGUACCGAUUUGUACCAGAAUUUUACAAUUUUGUGGUGAACUGCUUGAAAGACGACCCUUGGUCCGAAAACUCCCUGUUGGCAGAGCUAGGCUAUCUAUAUGAUAUGAUGGAUAAAGCAGAUGGAAUUGUUUGUCGUGCAUCAAACUUUCAAAAAACUUUAACAUCUUUCAAAGAAGUCAGAAAACUUGGGUUGUUGAGCAACUCUCUCGUUGCUGACCUUCGAGAGUCAUUCACCGGGCUUGAAAUUCAAGAUCAGCCAUUACUGAUGGAUUCGAAAUCAUCUGAGUCACUCUCAACUUGCAAUCUUCCGCAGAGGUUCAAUGAGUUUUUAGUUCAAAAGUUGAUCUCUGAGGAAAUUGACAAGAAAAAGAAUUCAUCCUAUAGCAUUGUCAUGAAGGAGCUAUUUGGUUUUCAUCUGGACACUGAGACUCGGAACAUAUCCGCUUGUGACAGUUACGAGCAUAAGACAUCCAGUAGAUCAACGCUUGUCAUAAAGAGCCCAGCAAGCAACAACCCCAAAUAUUCGAAUAAGAAGCUUACCAACCAAACAAUAUUACCUUACAUUGAAUCGUCUAUGAACAGGGUUCAGCAUGACAAAUCAAUGUGCGGGAAGUGUCAGAAGCCAGAAAACAUUGAGCUUGAGUUUACUGUCAAAAACUUGCCACCUCUUCUGUCCCUAAACAUCGACUUGUCUAACGAUGAGUGGGCUAUUGCAAAGACUGUAAAGAAUUGGCUGGCUAAAGAAUUUUAUGCAACGCUAUCAAAAGACAGACCAAUUUUGAAGCUACAGCCGACAGACUUAAAAACUAACAGCGCAAUUUUCAAGUAUGAGCUUACAGCGUAUGUCGCAAGAAUUGCGGACGAAUUGUCAGAACCGCAUUUGGUGACUUACGUCCGGGUUUGUGAUUCAACAUUGAAGAAAGGGAAAUGGUUCAUGAUAAACGACUUCUUAGUGGUUGAAGUAGACGAAGAAGAGGCGCUUAACAUAUCUCCUUGGUGGAAGACUCCUGAAAUUUUGGUAUAUUCUGACGCUGAAGAAUUGCGCAAACCAUUUGUUCCUGUUUCGCAAUUCCGUAUCGAUCAUAGUGUUUUGUAUCGAGACUAUUUCGGCAAGGGCACAAGAUUGGAGCUCAAAAAGGACUAUAAACUUUUGACAAACUCUGAAGCUCCCGAGUUGGGCAGUCUUAUCGCCAUGGAUGCUGAGUUCGUUGAGCUUGCCGGUGAGCAGGUUGAAAUUAGCUGCCGAGGCCAACGAACGUUGGUCAAUCCAAAGAAGACCGCACUUGCGAGGAUAUCAGUAUUGCGCGGUAACGACGGAGAGGACUUUGGGGUACCCUUCAUCGACGAUUACGUCGUGAACACAAAUCAUAUCGAAAACUAUCUUACCCGCUAUAGUGGUAUUGAACCCGGAGACCUAGACCCGGUUACGAGCACGAAAAUGCUAGUUCCCCGGCAGAUUGUUUACCGCAAAAUUUGGCUGCUGCUUCAAAUGGGUUGUGUGUUUGUUGGCCAUGGACUUCACAACGACUUCAGGAAUAUCAACAUACACGUUCCUCAAGAGCAAAUAAGAGAUACCGCAUUAUACUUUUUGCAAGGAAAACGUUACCUUGCUCUUAGAUACCUGGCAUAUGCAUUGUUAGACUGUGAUGUUCAGAGUGGCAACCACGACUCUAUUGAAGACGCUUAUACGGCACUCACACUUUACAAAAAAUACCAACAGCUUGUUGCGAGCGGUACUUUUGAGAGCGCUCUGAGUCAAAUUUACGAAGAAGGUAGACUAUGCGGCUUCAAGGUGCCAGGAGACCGCGCUGUAGCAUUGAUGUGA